AUGAUGCUCCUCUUCCGCUCGUCCUUCAUCACUGUGGUUUCCGUUUGCGCGAUCGCAAUCAUUGGGAUGAGACCCUACCUGCACGUUUACGGUGUUGAUGCGUCAGGCUCAGAGUUCGAAUCAGUCUUAUCGCCGACCGCAUCAGCCGAGAUCGGUUCGGUAUCUCCAGCAAUAGCUAGUGCAGUCGCGCCAGCAAACGAGGCGCAGGUGACAGUACCGCCAGCGGAUUCAUCGGGCAAUGAUAAUUCAGAACAGGGAGCAGAAAAAGCUGCACAGACAAACGCCGCUAUUUCAUGUACGACCGGUAUCGGGUUAUCUCUAUUCGUCGGCUCGAUCGCUGCAGUGAUUCAGCCUCUGGCAGGGUCAGGCAAAUUGUUCAGUGUUCUGGAACGUUGCAUAUUGCUCCUAGCAGGACAGGCCCUCAAUUACCAAUGCUAUGGCCUCUGA